AUCUCCUCUCUUGCGAAGUCAAAUAAAAUCGAAAGUAAACAAAAAUUUGGACAAAAGUCCAAGUCGUUUGACGUUAAAUUUUGGCUCUCGUUCCGCUUCGGACACAGAAUGACCGACUCAGACAGCAGCGGCGACGAAUGUUCGCUUCAGAAGUGCAGAAAACCCGCGUUCGUCUUUUACCGGAACCGAGAGGACUGGAAGGACGUGGUGCCCAUUCCGCAAAACGACGGGCCCAACCCGGUCGUCGCGAUCAACUACUCGGACAAAUUCAAGGACGUGUACGACUAUUUGCGGGCGGUGAUCGCCAAGCAGGAAAAGUCCGAGCGGGCCCUCGGCCUCACCGAAGACGCCCUCAACCUCAACCCUGCCAAUUAUUCCGUCUGGCAGUACAGGCGAGAAAUCCUGAAGCAUUUAAAAGUGGAUCUGCGGAAGGAACUCGCGUUCAGCGCCAACAUGAUUCACAUUCACCCAAAAAACUACCAAGUCUGGUACCAUAGAAAGGCUAUAGUGGAAAUGCUGGGCGAUCCGUCUUGCGAAUUCGAGUUGACGAGAAACGAUCUCGAGUACGACAGUAAAAACUACCACGCCUGGCAACACCGUCAGUGGGUCAUUCAAACCUUUGGACUUUACGAUGCAGAGAUGGAACUGUGUAAUAAUUUAAUUGCGGCCGACGUGAGAAACAACUCUGCCUGGAAUCACAGAUAUUUUGUGGUCAAUAAUACAACCGGGUUCACUCCCGAGGUGAUUGUCAGAGAGGUCGACUACACCCUGGAGCAAAUCAGCAAGGCCAUUCAAAACGAAAGCGCAUGGAAUUACCUCCGAGGUGUUUUGGAAAAGUCUCAGGAUGGAGUUGCUGGAAAUAGAAAAGUGAACACUUUCUGCGAAAACUUAAUCAGGUCCAACGAUAUUUCAACGCAACUCUUGGUUUUCCUGAUUGACGUCAACAUGGCCCGCGCCAAAAGUGAUUCCCUUGCGGCCGAGAAAGUGAAAGAGCUGUGUGCCAUGUUAGCCAAUGACGUUGACCCAAUUAGGAAAAAAUACUGGAACUAUUUGGCCCAGACAGUGUAAAUUGUAAGAUCCCUUUUGAUUCCAUUUAUAAAUUUUGUUUAAAUUUGCCACAUCGAUUGUUUACUGCAGCAACCGAUCAAUAAAGAAAAGGUUCUGAUUAUUAA